GGGGUAGCUGCGUGAAGGGUGGGGUGACGCUGCUGGCGGUACUGAUGUCAACGGUAGCCGAGGCAAACGCUAGUCCACAGGUGGCAAGCACGAUUCGGGAUGCAGGGUGUCGUUUGAGGAGUAUUGAUUCUCUGCGAUUGAAUCACACCUCCUUCGAGGCUUCCUCAUGAUACGAGGAGAGCAGGUUUUUAACGCGCUGGGAGAUCCUAUGGUACCGAGAACGCAUGAAAAUGUUCGCCCUCAGCGUGGAGCUCAGAAACCGUUCGCGAUUCACAUACACAGAGUGGAAAGGCUGUUGCACAAGGGUGCGAUGACCCUACCAGCCCUGAAACUGGUCAGGUAGAUGACCUAUGCAUGUCUUCAGUCAAUCACGGUGCAUGUCUAUACAUACUGCAGACGGCUGUGGUGGAUGCACAUGAGGGCGAGAUUCUCGACAAGAAAGAUGCGUACACUAAGACGCGUUCGUAUGCACAGAACGACGUACAAACGUGCGAGCCGUCGGGAUUAUGUUCUCAAGGCAAACCGACGUUCCCGUCCCCGAACGGCAUGUCUCGCGCUUACUCCCAACGCCCUCCGCAAAGUGGAGUUGCUGAGCUCCGUCGGCGAUUCGGCGAACGAAGUCACGGGUCCAGAAGAGUAAUCGAAGGCCAGCGGUGACAGCUGGGUGUCCCCAGCGGCGUGCUUGACACCGCCACCUCCGUUGCGGUCGCCUGUCUGG